GGAGGUGGAGGACAAGGAAGGAGGGGAGGACCUGGAGGAGGUGGAGGAAGAGGAAGGAGGGGAGGACCAGGAGGAGGUGGAGGAAGAGGAAGGUCGGGAGGACCAGGAGAAGAUGGAGAUCAAGGCGAGUGGGGAGGUAGUGGAGGGACGGGUGAAUCAGAUCCCGGAGGAUGGGAUGGAGCAGGAGGACAGGGUCCAUCAAAUGCAGGAUGGGAUGAAUCAGGAAAUAGUGGACAGGGUGGAUCAGGCGUUGAUGGACGUGGUGGAUCAGGAAAUGGUGGACAAGGUGAAUCAGGAAAUGGUGGACAAGGUGGAUCAGGAAAUGGUAGACAAGAUGGAUCAGGAAAUGGUGGACAAGGUGGAUCAGGAAAUGGUGGACAAGGUGAAUCAGGAAAUGGUGGACAAGGUGGAUCAAGAAAUGGUGGACAAGGUGAAUCAGGAAAUGGUGGACAAGGUGGAUCAGGAAAUGGUGGACAAGGUGGAUCAGGAAAUGGUGGACAAGGUGGAUCAAGAAAUGGUGGACAAGGUGAAUCAGGAAAUGGUGGACAAGGUGGAUCAAGAAAUGGUGGACAAGGUGAAUCAGGAAAUGGUGGACAAGGUGGAUCAGGAAAUGGUGGACAAGGUGGAUCAGGAAAUGGUGAACAAGGUGGAUCAGGAAAUGGUGGACAAGGUGGAUCAAGAAAUGGUGGACAAGGUGAAUCAGGAAAUGGUGGACAAGGUGGAUCAGGAAAUGGUGGACAAGGUGGAUCAAGAAAUGGUGGACAAGGUGAAUCAGGAAAUGGUGGACAAGGUGAAUCAGGAAAUGGUGGACAAGGUGGAUCAGGAAAUGGUGGACAAGGUGAAUCAGGAAAUGGUGGACAAGGUGGAUCAGAAAAUGGUGGACAAGGUGGAUCAAGAAAUGGUGGACAAGGUGGAUCAAGAAAUGGUGGACAAGGUGGAUCAGGAAAUGGUGGACAAGGUGUAUCAAGAAAUGGUGGACAAGGUGGAUCAGGCUUUAGUGGGCAGGGUGGAUCAAGUGAUGGUAAACAAGGAGGAUUUGAUCCAACAAACUCAGGAGGAGGGUUCCCAUCUUCGUCAAAUCAGGGAGGCAGCAGAGGCAUGCUGCACGGUCUCUCAGAAGACACCCUCACACAGCUUGGAGGAGGUGGCUCGGAGGCAGGCGGUGCUGAGACACGUGGUGGGGUGGGACAACAUAAGGGCUCAGAACACCUCCGGGUGUAAACACGCAGCCUGGGACUGACGCGGUCUACGGCGACGAAUGGGUACAGGAGUUGUUACCAUCCAGUGAGCCAUUAAAUGACCCCUCAACCCCCAGAGGUCAACUUAGACUUUUUUAGCAUCUUGAGGACAAGAGUGACAUUUUGGAGUACACUCAUUGUUGGGAGACUGACCAGUGUAAAGUGAAGGAGUUUACUGGGGUCAAUGUGUGCGCUCACAUGUGAUGACCUGCUUCAACAUGAAACAAUAUACAUAAUACAAGUUUUCCUGAAUUUAAAAGUAAGCCUAUUUGUCCGAGGGCCACCAUUUCUAAUGGUUUCUCAAAGAUCCCCACAUAUGUCUCCUUAAUAUUGAGGUUUAUCUAUAUAGCAUUGUACACUGUCAGAAUUAUUUAAGAAAUCUACUUAGCACUACUGUAUUUACAUUUUACAAACCUUGUGUCCAUACACUGGUUUCCAUGUGUGUCUAUAGGCAAUGGGCAGUUGGCAGUCUAAGUUCUGUUUACUAAGGAAUUUUAUAUCACUCACGUUGACUAUUUGAGCCAUAAUGUAGCCCAUAACAGUGCUUGCAGGUAAGGAAGCAGGACACACACAGCUUACCCCCAUGGUCAGGCGUGUAGCUAGUGCACAGGGUUUCUUCCCACCAGAGUGCUACAUAGUCUAGCCAUCUUGGCGCCUUCUUUUGAUAAUUACUUACUUCCCAUCAGAGUAAAUGAGGUGAACUAUGAGAUAGGUUUUAGUUUCUUCAACUCCUAGAUUCUAUUGUAUGUUGGCUCCGAAUGCAUAAUAGAAAUGGUGAAUUAGCCAAAGCAUUUACUGGAAAGUACACUCCUCUCAAAUGAGGAAUUGAGAAUAAAUAACCCUUAAAUUGCCUGUAAGCAGGCUGUUAAAAUAUUACAUAAGAACUUCAACAAAACUUCUUGAACCUGAAAUACAGUGAAAUCUACACUAGCUAAUCUAUUAUCACACUAUCAUGCAAGAAUAGCCACAUAAUUAUAGGUCAUCCAAUAAAAUCAACAGACUCAGCUAUUACUAAUAGGCUUAGGCUUGGCUGUGGCCUCUGGGAUUUCACACCUUGCUGAUUUGGAUCCGACUACAUGUAUACUGACUUGCAUCACUCACUAUGUAACUAAAUGUGAUUUUUUUUAAAGAUAAUUAUACCACUGAUAUUCAAGAAAUAAACUAAUAAUUGAUUAGAAAUUAAAUAUUGACAAAUUUGCCAACUAUAAGUAGGUUACAGCAUAAACUGAGCCUACUGUAUCACUGUAACCUUUCCACCACUGCGCAAUGUGGGGGUACGUUUAAAGACAAAAUAUAUUUAUGAGAGGUGGUACCCCUUCUUUAGUAGUUAGUAUAAAUUGGUUAAAGAACAUUAAGGUUUAGUUCUAAGGUACAUAAUAUAACUGUUCCUACCUGCCCCCAGGUUUGAUAUGGGGUUCAUAAUAUUCUAAACGGUGUAUAUUUGGCAUGCUUAUUCACUUGUUUCGUGUUGCUAAUAGUGACACACAUUCAGCAGAGGAUCUGCGGCGGUAAGUUGGGUCUGGGCUCUUAUAUUGUUGUACUGUACUAAAGUCUGUGUUUAACUUAUACAUUUACACUACUUCUAAAUAAAGCAUUUACGCUG